AUGAACGAGGUCGAUGCUCUGCGGGUGGCAUUGGAGGGUGAGAAGUGGCAGGAUGCUAGCGAGAUUGCUGAGCGACUUGCCAGCGAGCUUGCGCAAGUGAGCACGAGAGCUGCUUCUGCUUCUACGACCCUCGUGGAGACCGUCAUUCAUCACCUUCGCAGGCACACGGCAGCCGAAGUUGAGCCAAGAGCAAGAGCAGAAGGGCAGCUGCUUCGUGUGCUUGGCAAUUAUUGCAUCGACAAUGACGUCAACAGACAACAUUUGCUCGACAACGAUGUGUUGUCGUGCAUAUCGCCCUUCAUGCUCCUUGACCAGCCGGCGAGCAUAGACGCGCUAGCGGCUCAAAGAACGUCUGUUGGCAUUCUGCUCAAUUUGACCCUCGACUAUGCACCUGCGCAAGAUGCGUUGGCCGCGAGAAGCCGAUCAGAUAAUUGUCUCGACGCGAUGCUCACUUUACUUGCGAGCGAUGCUACGCCGGAGCCAUUGCCGCUUUGGAUCUGCAGCAUUGUGUCCGAUGUGUUCUCGGAAGAACCUCGAAGGAACGCCAUACCGAUAGUGCAAGUCGUUGCCGGUUUGAUCGCACGCAUCAAUCUCUUGCCUGCAUCGAGCCUAUCAGAGGAUCACCUCGAGGUACCACUAGAGCUUACUCAGAUUGUCGAGGCAAGCACUGAACAGUCGGCGCGCCUGCUCGCUGAGCUUGCGACUUCCGAGCAACCCGUCACACUUGCUAGAGCUCUGCAUCGCCUGUCAUGUCUGUGCGCGCAGCAAACCCUGGCUGAGCAGCUGGGAAAAUCAACCCAAGCGCUUCGCGAAGGACUCAUCAAGGUCCUUGUAGCGUUGGCCAGCGAAGAUGCUUGCGCUCGUUUCGACCCUAAUUCGCUUGGCCUUGAAAUUCUGCCUUGGAUCUCAAGCUACAAGCAGCAGGCGCAGACUGUCGGUGCCGCAUCUGCAAACGAGCUCGCUAGCUGCGCGCUCCUCAUUCUCGCCAACUGCGCAAAGACAGAAGAACGCUCGUCGCUGAUUGCGAGCCUAGACGGAUUAUUGGAUAGUGUACAACGACUGCUAGCAGUCGGCAUCGAUCCAGCUACGCCGUCGCUGCAGCUCUGCUACGGUGCCAUGGGUCUCUUGCGCCGUCUUGCCGUAGCUCCUGCUUUACGAGCGCAACUCGGCACGCGAGCCAAUCUCGAGGGUGCUGCUACUCUGCUAUCAGACACUUUCAGACUCGCACAGCCUUUGCAAGACGUCGCGCUGGGUUUCCUGCGGUUAUGCUGCACAAAACAAGUUCAAUCAGCCGCACUGCUCGCCAUGUACCAUCUCGACGCCGUCAUGGCAUUCAACGCUCAAACAGACGUUCCCAAAUUGCGGCUCGAGAGCUUUCGGGCUGUUGCCCAAGCGAUUCAGUCCAUCUUCUCGAGCGCAACAGAAGGAGGUUUCGUUUCAGAAGCACGUGCCGAGCUCGCAAAGCCACCUGUGCUCGUGUAUAUGAUCGACAUGCUGCACUGUAGCGCAGGAUUCCCAAGCCUGAUUCUCGAAGCUGCGAAUGCUCUCAUCAUGCUCGCAAGUGCAAAGGCAUUACAAGAGGACAUGCAAAUCUUGCUGAUCAACACGCGAGCUGCAACUAGCAGCAGAAGCGCGCAAAGCUCGUUCGAUCUCUUGUCUGACUUUGUGAGCGACACAAAUAGUCCAGAAGAAGUCAGGGCAACAAGCUGCAAUCUGUUGUCGCUCGCUAUUGCUGGGAGCAGCACCCCAUUGCCGCAAGAUGCGCGCGAAAAGCUCCUCAGUGCCCUCAAUACCUGCAUCGAAUCACCGCAGCCUUCACUGCGCUCAGCAGCACGUACGCUAGCUGGGCUCGUCGGCGGACACGCUUGA